AAGGCCUCCUGCCCUGCGCCCACCUGGGUUACCUGUGGUCUACUAGUGGGAACAUCAGAAAGGGCGGCCGUGCUGAGCCAUCGACAGCCACCUGCUGUGAGCAGCUUUCCUGCCAGGAUGUGAGUCAUCUGGGCUGUCCCUACCAGCCCAGGGCUAGUGCUGUCCCCAGACACCGGGCAGGGGCAGGGCGGAGGACUCUCCACUAGAGGACAGCCAUCUGCCGGCUCCGGCACCCACACCCGGCUCCCUCUGAGACCCAGAGUUGCAGAGGGGCCCCUGCUCCCCAUCACGGCCAGGGUUUCAAGGUCAUGUUCUCAUGACCCUCCUAAGUGGCUGCGUUCGUUGGUGUGUGGUCACCCUUGAAUCCUCUGCCCACACAGAGUCACUGGGGAGGCACAAGAACAAACGGUCUGCACUGCUGAAGUGUCACAUCUAAAGCCAGAGACUGAUGAGGACAGAGCUCCACCCUGGGCACCCUGGCAGCACCAGCUCCUCCCAAGACAUAUCUUGAUUGUUUUUCUUAAGGACAGUACCACACCCCGAAUGUUCCACAGGCGUCAUAAAACUUAGUUUUGUCCUUCGACCUUACAGAAAUGUCCUCAGUUUUUAUUUACCUGUGAAGCUCACUGGGUAAUGUCUGAGGGCAGAGUUUUCUUUCUGUCGGCCCCAGUAAAAAUGCUUUACAAAAAUCCGAGAAAGGCUGUUUGAAGCUACGGAAGUACAGCUAGCUCAGGGGCGUGAGGUGAGAGGCUCAGUCAGCUGUGGAGCACGCAGGCCCCGCUCACCGCAGCCACCUCAACCUGCCUCCGGAACCACGGCACAUUCUGGGUCUCGCUCCUGAGCAAAGAUGCCAUCUGUCCUCUCUUGGAAUGAGGUAGGAGGCUGACUGGAGAUUCAACCGCACACUCAAGUUCCUGCACGGAAUAGAUUCUGUGGCAAGCCAGCAGGACUGGAAAAUUCUGGAAGUCUUUGGAAGAGAUUAGCUAAAUCUGCACUGCAAGGAUUUUUGAAUUGAGCAUCUUAUAAAGUGAAGACAAUCUAGUCCACUUGUCUGGAAGAAGAGAUCUUUCCAGACCACCGUCUUGUUCAAUGGCAGGCCUGUGCCCAGGGAGCUCUCAGGCACUGUCUGUCCCACCAAUGGACCCAGAGUCCUCCUGAUCAGGCUGGGAAGAGGACCGUGAGCUGCUCUGCCACUCCCCAGCUCAUUUCCACCGCCUGGUGACAUCAGGGAGCUGGCAGGUGCCACAGCCUGAGUGCUGGCUCUGCCCACUGCACCGGCUCCCUCCCUGCCUGGACGACCAAGGACCUGAACCUCUAGGAGAGGGAUUCUAGGAGAAGCGGGAUUCCCAGCUCCGGGUGGACAUGGAGGCCAGCUGCACAGCGUGUGUGAUGGCAAGGACGACACAGGAGGCUGCCUUCUGACAAGUCCCUGCAGAUCCAAGCAAUUUCAGAAUCCCACCUGGAAAGGGAGUAAUGUGAAAGGUAGGGGAAGAGUUUGCGGGCCUCCCUAGGACUGAGGACCAGGGUGCCCUCCCAGCAGGUCUCUGCGUCUUCCAGGUGAGGUUCUAUGUGCAGGGUGCCUUUUGUCUGGGUGGCCUCCAGCUGAGUCCUCUGCACUGGGAGGAAAGGGUCAGGGGAGGCAGGGCUGCUGGCGCUCCCCAGGGGCCUGUGUUUCCUGGUGGGGGCAGAGGCUGCCCAGGUAACUUCCAGCCCACGUGCCAGGGGCCCACAAUCAUGUCCCCCUGAGUAGAUGAGGAGGAGGACAGUGUCUUCCACAGCAGGGGUUGCUGAGGUCGGGGAGAGCCUGGGCUCCCCGUGCUCCUCUCCUGCAGCCGUGAUGCCUCCUGUAGUGUUGCUUUGGUUUCCAUUUCUCUCCAUUGCAAAUGGUGCCUUCUAGGAUCUGCGUUUGCAUUAGUGCUGAGACAUUUUAGAUUUUUACAUAAGAUUUGUGCAUAUUUUAUAUUAUUAGAUGAUAAGAUGCAGGGUUACUUGCAUGUAUUUUGUGUGCUCGUGACAUCUUAAAUUUUUCUUCCUUUUUUUUGGUAUUUAUAGUUACAGGUUUUGUCUGAGUUUUAUCAAAUGCUUGCAAAUCUCCAAACAAGUUCCCAGUACAUGUAGUAAAAUGAUUUUUUUGUGAGUGUACCCACAUAGUUAGAAGCUUGGUGUUCAAGGAUCAGCUGCACUUGGUAUUUCCUAAAUGCUCAGGGGUUGUCUGGGGUCUCCUUUGGUGCCUCUGAGGUUUUACCAGGGUAGGGAGUUGUGCUCUGGAAGAAGCACAGGUUGGAUUGGAGGUGGUGUCUUGCUCACUGGAACAACAGCACCAGGGUGGUUGGGGUGGUGCUGGGUUGGGACCAAGUCUGCUCUCUGCCUGUGACAUCACUAGCACCUGGUGCCUCCUUUCCUGGUCUGUAAGCUGGGGUGACAGUGGUGACCUAGCAGAGUCCCCACAUCUGCUUAGGGUGGGUGAGCAAGUGCAUGCACACUGGGCUCACUCGGGCCUGGCUGGGAGUCCACGUCCCAGCCUCAGUUGCUGUCCCUCCUGUGUGGACACCUCUGCUCAGGAGCACAGAGAUGGACGGGACCAACAGCAGCAGCCAGGGCCGCUUCGUCCUCCUGGGUUUCUCUGACCGCCCCCACCUGGAGAAGGUCCUCUUUGUGGUCAUCCUGGUGGCCUACGUGCUGACCCUGGUGGGCAACAGCACCAUCAUCCUGGUGUGUCGGCUGGACCCCCGGCUCCGCACGCCCAUGUACUUCUUCCUCAGCCACCUGUCCUUCCUGGACCUCGGCUUCACCUCCAGCUCCAUUCCCCAGCUGCUCUACAACCUGAGUGGCCGCGACAAGACCAUCAGCUCCGCGGGCUGCGGGGUGCAGCUCUUCCUGUUCCUGGGCCUGGGUGGGGUGGAGUGCCUGCUGCUGGCCGCCAUGGCCUACGACAGGUUCGUGGCCGUCUGCAAGCCCCUGCACUACACGGUGAUCAUGAGUCCCAGGCUCUGCCUGGGCUUGGUGUCGGCGGCCUGGGGCUGCGGGGUGGCCAACUCCCUGGUCAUGUCCCCACUGACCCUGCGAUUACCCCGCUGUGGGCACAACAAGGUGGACCACUUCCUGUGUGAGAUGCCGGCCCUGAUCCGCAUGGCCUGCGUCAGCACAGUGGCCAUGGAAGGCGCUGUCUUCGUCCUGGCCGUGGGCAUCGUGCUGUGCCCCCUGAUCUUCAUCCUGGGCUCCUACGGCCACAUCGUCAGGGCUGUGUGCAGAAUCCAGUCGUCCUCAGGAAGGCACAGAGUCUUCAACACCUGUGGCUCCCACCUCACCGUGGUCUCGCUCUUCUACGGGAACAUCAUCUACAUGUACAUGCAGCCCGGAAAGCACUCCUCCCAGGACCAGGGCAAGUUCCUCACGCUCUUCUACAACAUGGUCACCCCGCUGCUCAACCCCCUGAUCUACACCCUCAGGAACAAGGAGGUGAAGGGGGCGCUCGGGAGGCUGCUGCUGGGAGCCAGAGGCGGGGGUAAGGUCUGAGGCCCGGGAGAGCGUCACCCAGCUCGGGGUGGCUCCACGGGGCCACUGCUGCCUUGGUGUGCAGCAGAUCUGGCCUCAGCCCGCAGCGCCCAGCACCCUGUGGGCUGCCUUCCUGCGCCUGCCCAAGGCCAGCGUGGUGUGUGUGAGGGAAGAGCCCAGGGUCCUCAGGGUCACCUGGACCAGAAGACCAGACCCCAGCUGCCCCAGGUCCUGAGGCAGCCCCGCUGAGCUCUGCCUCUGCCGCUUGCUUUCUGCUCACAGUCGGUCUCAGCACUUUAGCUGGAACCACCCGGCUCCACCAGGGCUCUGGGUGAACCAUGCUCUUCAUGGAUGGCCCUGAGCGCUGAGUUCAGGGGGGUUUGGUGUUUCCUCCUCCCAGAUUCCACCUGGAAUCACGUUUUCUUUUCCUGCCCUUUGUUGGGGGCAGGUCGACGAGUACAAGGGGAACGUGAGGAUAAAACUUACACACCACGGGUCUCUGUGCUGACCCCCACCAGAAAGCAGUUUUCCCGCCACCCGCCUGGCCUACGUGGGCAGGAUGCCUCACAGUCCUCAGCAAAGUCCCCUUUACCUAUGGAAAUGCACAGAGGAAGCACCAUGGACUGGAGGAGCCCAGGUCAGAUGGUAGGAGUGACUUUUCAGACCCUUUUCCCAGACCAGAUUCUGAAAGAUAAGAAUAAUUCCUCCUGACCAUAAAGCCUCUAAGAAAGUAUAGUUAAGAAUCCACUUAGAGUGGUCAGCAUGGUCCAAGGCCACAUAGCACUUCCCUGACAGUGGGGACUUGAAAAUGUGAUGUCACUUGCUGUCGGUUGAAAGUCAAGAGGUGGACCUGGGCAGGUCUUUCUGGAAACUCCUCUGGGACCCCAAUAAAGCUGGAGUGCAGGAGAGUUACCCUGUCCCUCUCCUCUGAGUGGACCCACUCUCUCCCUUGACAGAGUCCCCAUUCCCCUUUCCCUAUCCCCUCAAUAAACUCAUGCCUGUAACUCUGAACUACGUGUCUGAAAUCUUUCUGAAUUGAGCACAAGAAUCAGGGUU